AUGAACAAUAACAGAAAUGGCUUUUCUUCUAUUCCAAAUCAACCCAAUUAUAGUUAUGAUACGGAUACACGAUCGUCUGGUUGGCGAGUUCCUGCUUUCUCUUCGCAGAACUCAUGGUCCAGGAGUAAUUCAAUAGUUAACAGACGGUUGCUCGAUGGUCUUCCAGCCACUUACUCAAGUACAUCGAUUUCAUCCACAGUAGAUAUAGUACCACCAUCACAUACUCGACAUCAGAUUCCAAUGCGUAACAGCAGCAACCCGCGAAGACGGCACCUCGAGGCACUAAGGCAAGCUGUCCACAACCAUUCCGGUAGACCAGAGAGCAGCUCAACAUCAUCAUCACAAGCCCACGAAGAAGAGGAGAUCCUCAAACAUAUAACAAAAGAGACAUAUAACCCCGUUCCAAAAAGCACUCUUCUAAGAAGCCUGAGCAUAUAUUACAGAAACAAAACCCCGGGAAAUGAAAACGCAAGAAGCAGUCGAGAUCUCCCAGGGGAAGAAGAAGACAAGAGAUGCUCCGUGUGUUUAGAAGACUUUGAGCCCAAGGAAACAGUGAUGGUCACUCCUUGCAAACACAUGUUUCAUGAGGAAUGUAUAGUUCCAUGGUUGAAGAGCAAAGGACAGUGCCCUGUCUGUAGAUUCGUCAUACUGAAGCCGGCAAAACAAGACUCUUCUCCGGCUAAUGUCACAAAUCCCGCCGGGGACAUGAGAAUGAACGAUCUCUUCACGUUAGAGCUGCUCUCUGUGGUGAGAGCAAUGGAAGAAACUUUCCUUUUUGGUUAUCCUCGUCGCAUGUAAAAAAUCUUUGUACCUUAAAAACUAACUACUUUGAAUUCUCUCAAAUGAUAUUACUUUAUUA